CUUGGAGGGCAAACUUUCGUUCAGGCAUUUCAACAAACAGUUGGUUCAAAUCCCUAACCGACAACAUGAUCCAAUUCCCCUCAUUCACCAACUCCACCGUCGCCGCUUCUUCUCCGUCGUCGCCGCCGCGCCAGCAUCUCUCCUCCUCGCUGGAGCUGCUCACGGCGGCGACGUCGGGCGGUUUCAUGCCGGCGUCGGCGGAUCCAUACUCGUCGGGGUUUCCGAUGCCGGAGUUCAAGCCGUCGCUCAACUUCUCGCUGGAUGGGCUCGGGAGCGGCUAUGGAAGCUUCCAGGGGGUUCCCGAAGCAAAUGGGAAGCUUCUUUUUCCGUUUGAGGAUUUGAAGCAGGUGCCCAACAAUGCUGAUCAAACUCGAGAUGAUCAUAAUUCCAAUGGAUUUUGGAAUGGGGUUAUAGGCGGUGGAUCAUGAUAUGGCUUCAGGUAAGGGAGAUGGUGUAUAGUGAUAGAAGAAGAGAUUGGCCUUGAUUUUUGAAGGGCAAUUAAGCAGCUGCAUUGCUACUUUAUUCUUCUAUCAGCACAAGGAGAGCCACCAUGGAAUUAAGCCACAUUUUCUUUGCCUUUUCUAGUAUUAUGAUUUUGUAUAACUCAAGUUUUUAUUCAGCUUUUGUGAUGGAAGAUCUUGUCUUAGUUACUCUCUCUCUUUAAUUUCACAUAUCUUCAAUUUCUUCAA